GGAUGCUAUACAGACAGCACUUCUUCCAGGACCCUUUCUUCAUACUCUACCUCUAGCUCCUCAAAUACGCCGACAUGGUGCAUCGAUACUUGCGCUUCGAGGGGGUAUUCACUGGCGGGCGUGGAGUAUUCAUGGGAAUGUUAUUGUGCGAAUAGCAUGGUCGUCAGUACUACGACUGGCCAAGCGGCACCAGGCUCUGAUUGCUCUUCGAAUUGCGCCGGGGACCCAGCUCUCAACUGCGGGGGAAAUAGUCGGAUUUACAUAUAUCAACUUUCUUCGUCUACUACCACUUCUACGACUUCGUCCGCUUCUCCAACGCUGAGUGCCAGUUAUACCAGUUUGGGUUGUUACGUCGAUUCUUCGACUCGGCUUCUGUCAGGUGCUUCGACGAAUUUUCCCACCACUGACUCGCCAUCUGUAUGCGGAGCGUACUGUAAUCAACGCUCAUUCGCUUAUUUCGGGGUUGAAUAUGCUUCUGAAUGUUAUUGCGGAAAUGCACUGAGUGCACAGUCGGCGCCUUCAUCGGAUUGUAAUUCCCCGUGUUCGGGGAAUUCUGCAAUCUCAUGUGGUGGGACUUGGAGAAUCAACAUUUAUUCUGUUGGUGGGAGCUCAACUACGACUACGACUACGACUCCAACAACGACCUCUACGACGACGACGACGUCCACUACUUCCUCGUCUGCUUCCCCUUCGCCCACAACGGGUUGGGUCAGUGUUGGAUGUUAUACCGACACGAGCAGUCCAAGAGCGCUUGGUGGCACGUCUACUACCUCGUCUUCCGACACUCCAGCUUGGUGUCAGUCGUACUGUUCCACACAAGGUUAUUCGUACGCCGGGGUUGAAUAUGGUAUGUUUUACCUCAACCCUCUUGUUUACGUGGUUGAAUUUUUUAUUUUUUAUUCUGUUUCGUUGAAUGACAGGUCAUGA